ACUUGUGUGAGACGUGCUGUUGGUCGAUGAGGUUUGUGUAGUAGUUGCGGUAUUUUUGAUUUGUGUUAAUGGUAGAAUAUUUUAAUUUUUUUCCUCCUGUGUGUAGUUGUUGGAGAUAACAUAAAUAUACGAAAGUUUCAUAAUUAUUGCCAGAAUAGAAACUGUAAGAAAGCAGUGUGGUUUCUUCAGCUAAAAGAACUUGACUUUACCUAUGGAUCCACAAAACUCAGUGGCUCAUCUUGAAAUUUCUCUGUCUAGGCAGAUGUUUUAGUUACUUUAAUUGCGACAUUAUGUCCGUAACUGGUCAAGCAUUACUGUGUCAUCCUUACGUCUUGGAGCCCCACAAGCCCAGUGUGACUAGCUUUACAUAUAAUGAACCUUACUGUGACUCAAGUGAAAUGGACACAAGCAAUAUAGGACGUGAAUUACCCUGUAAGUCUGUGUCAUCUAGGAUUACUGGACCCUCAUGUCAAGCUCUGCGGCAUGCAGUAGCAGCCCUAAAUCGAUUAGAUGAUUUUACAUGUGAAAAAAUUGGCUCGGGGUUCUUUUCAGAGGUGUUUAAGGUAACGCAUCGAACUACAGGUCAAGUAAUGGUGCUCAAGAUGAACACAUCACUUAGCAACCGACAAAACAUGUUGCGCGAAGUUCAGCUCAUGAACCGAUUGUCUCACCCGAACAUCCUCAGGUUCAUGGGGGUAUGCGUUCACGAGGGACAGCUACACGCCCUUACUGAGUACAUCAAUGGGGGGAGCCUGGAGCAGCUGAAUCUUAACAAAAACGAGCCCCUUCCAUGGCCGGUGAGGGUGAAGUUGGCACUGGACAUCGCUCGGGGAAUGGCGUACUUACACUCACGAGGGGUGUUUCAUCGUGACCUGACGUCCAAGAAUGUUCUUAUCAAAAGAGAAAGUUCCGGUAUGACAGCUGUUGUUGGAGACUUUGGUUUGGCAGAGAGAAUACCAGAUAUAACGAGUGAUCAAACCCACAGACUUCCAGUUGUCGGGUCUCCAUAUUGGAUGGCACCAGAAUGUUUAAAAGGAGAAUGGUACAAUGAGAAGGCCGACAUAUUUUCUUUUGGUAUAAUUCUGUGUGAAAUGAUUGCCAGAAUUGAAGCAGAUCCUGAUAUUUUACCCCGAACUGAGAACUUCGGAGUAGACUAUAAAGCAUUCAGCAAGAUGUGCCCAGACUGUCCACCAGACUUUCUUAAGCUAGCAUUGUGUUGUUGUAGGAUUGAUCCAAAACAUCGUCCGUCCUUUACCCUAAUUAUUCAAGAAUUAGAAACUAUGAUUUCCCUUGAAAAACCUCAGCUCAAAGAUGUAGCAUACAGAGUGAAACAAAGUGGAGAACGAAACGAAGAUGAAACAGACAACUAUAAGAGUGUGCAGGCGAUAUUUAAUAAUCGUAGAAGCUGGUGUGAAGACAACCAACAGCUAAUGCCAGUUGAAACACCCCGUAAAUGCAGGUCCUCUACUGCAUCUCCCGUGGUUACCCCAAAGGAUAUUGGAGAAGUGAUGUCUAAGGAUGAUCCCCAUUACAAGCCUAACAGCAGCUCACAGAAUCCUUUCAAUACACAUUUCAUAUUUAAAGGACAGAAAAAGAUAGUGGAACAAACAGUAGUUCUGUCACCCAACUUUACAUAUGACCUUCCAUCUCCUUCAGGAGCUUUAACUCCUCCUGGGACUCCCAUCACUCCUGAUGAGUGCCCAUCUUCACCUAGAGAGACCCUGUCUACAGGGCUCCAGAGACUUUCUGUUCACUCUCGAGCUCCUUCCCCAACAUUACUACAGCAGACCCUAAAAAAAAUUUACACCUACAAGUCAAAUGUUACAGUUCCAGAGCCCAGUAAUACCAAAAAGGUUGUUAAUAGUUCCGUCCAUAAUGACUCGGGAGAAGAAGAAAAAGAGAAUGUGGGAUUAGCAUCAUGCCCACAAGGUUCCACUUUAUCACCUCUGUUACAGCACAGUCAAGUCCUCGUUAGUGCCAAAGUACAUAGUUCCUGUACAGAUUCUCUGUCAACUGAACAGUGGGAGUCCAUUAAGCAGUUUACUUGUCGCCAAAAUGAGGAAUGGAAAUCAGAUAAAGAUUCUAGUCGUGGGGCUCUGGGAAGGAAGCGGCCUUCUUCCUACCACUCGGAUGACUCUGGUUGUUACUGUGGAGUUCCUUGCACUUUGCAAGUACCAGAAAUAGUUCCACUAAAUUUGAGAACUGGUCAUGGUGAUAUAGAGUCCAGUAUGGAAGACCUGAAUGAGCAUGAACAAUACUCUAUUAAAGAAAAAUUCACAGCUUUUACCACCAGUCAGCCUACAAAAAAUAUAUUGCUGCAGCAAGAAAUGAAGUCCACUUCAGGUGUUUCUGUUGACCCCAGCAAAUGGACAAGACUCCCUAGUCAAAGUUUAAUAUGUCAUGAAGUGACAAAAAGCUGUGAAACUGUGCUACAGCAGCCACAUGCUUGUAAUGGUGGAAAGCUCUUUCAGUCCAGAACGACAGCAAACUUUCUCUAGACAAUGGAGGAAAUACAGAAAGAAA